AGAGGAGAAGCUCUUAUAGUGACUAGUUGGUAGCAACUUCCUGUAAGCGGGAAAUCGGGAAAGAGCUGAAACGCAUAUAUUUGCAUUGAACAGUCAAAAGAUAUAAUUAUUAUAAAUAUUUUUUACGCAUGGCCGAAUUACAGUCUCGUUAACUAAUAGACUGUGAUAAUGUGACAAUUUAAUACAACAUACUCUGAAUCGGCAUUUUGUCUACACGACGCAGACCGGAUGUCCGGAAUGAGGACCGAAGAGGACAACUCCAUUAAGAUGUUUAAUUCGUGUCAUUGUUCCUAAAUAAUGUGGUUAAAGGUCUUUUUGUGCACUUAUUAAAACACUCAUUUUGUGUAUCGACUUAUUGUAAUGUAGCAUUGUUGAGCCGUAAUGGGUUCUUAUUUUCUAAAACUGAAACCGGAAAUGUUUAUCUGUCAACACUUCCUGUCCAGCCCACGGAGUCUCGAACGAGGAAGUAAUUGACGCUGCUACCUGCUCUGGCUAGGUCAUCACCAUAAAGUGCAGCAGCCAUGAAGCUCCGACUACACUGUGUGGCGGAUCCCAUGGGCUGGCUGUGCAUCAGCCUGGUCUUCGCCGUCUGGCUCUACAACUCCUUCUUCAUUCCUAUGCUGGUUUUGCUCCCACACUACAAAGAAGGACACAUUCCUUGGGCUGUAGUUGUCUGUUAUUAUGCUGCAUCUGCAUUGUGCUUCGCUGCCCUGUUCAGAGCGUCCACGGCAGACCCUGGACGUCUUCCUGUCAACCCACAUAUACCUCACUCUGAGCGACAGCACUGGGAAUUAUGCAACAAGUGCAACCUAAUGAGGCCCAAAAGGUCCCAUCAUUGUAGUCGCUGUGGCCACUGUGUGCGCCGGAUGGACCACCACUGCCCCUGGAUCAAUAACUGUGUGGGGGAAGACAACCACUGGCUCUUCUUGCAGCUGUGCUUCUACACCCAGGUGCUCAGUUUGUUCACUCUGGUGCUGGAUUUCUGCCAGUACUACUACUUCCAGCCCCUCACGCAACUGGACCAGGAGAAGUUCGCUACGCGACACGAACUGGCUCUACUGCGACUUUCAGCUCUCAUGGGUGUGGUCAUGUUCACCGGCAUGUCAGGCUUGUUUUAUUCUCAGCUGGCAGGCAUCGUCACGGAUACCACCACCUUAGAGAAAAUGGCGUACUUCUCUGGGGAAAUCCAAGACCAGAGCAGAUCGUGGAAGCUGGCCCUGGCCGAGGUGUGCGGUACCCACUGGAAGGCGCUGUGGUUCAUCCCCGUUCGAAGCAGGCAGGCGCUCCAACAAAUUAACAGCAGCCUGUAUCGAACACACGUAUAGACCCUCGACCCGCACACAUGGUAGAUGAGGACUACAACAAGAACGGACUCUCCAUACAUCUGGAAGCUGGAGGGGUGUAACGGUACCUGUAUUCCAGUAAGAUUUGUCUCUCCAGUAGGCGUACCCAUUUCCCACAAGGUACACAUGCAGACACGGGGAACAGGGCUACUAGCUACAACUAUUAAUACUGCGCUUCAGCCACAAAGACAUUUGAAUUUACUGACAACAAAAUAACAGUUCAAAGGGUUCAAACUAUAACUCUUGCACUUGUUUGCAUCAUUCCCUAAAAAAGGCUGUUAUUUAAUGUAUCCAAUAUGUGGCCCACUGGCCAUUUUUGGCACAUAGAUAUUUUUUAAAUGACCCUUAGCAUAUUGGAAAAAUAAAAUGAAUUUUAAUGAUAUGCUAUUAGAGCCAUCCAUUGUCUGUACCGCUGUGACCAACAUACUAAUCACUAGACCAUUGUGCUGAAUAUAUUAUAUACCUAUAGAACACCUACAACACAAAGUGAAGAUGUUUGCUUCAGCUAUGAAUCUUUAGUGCACAAAAUGUAUCUAAGUGCCCCCCCACCCCUCUCCGUACGUAUAUUACUUAAUAUUAUUAUAUAUUAUAUAUACGUAGUUUAUUAAUAAGCAAUAAUAAGACAUCAUAACUCACCAUUAGCUUCAUGAAACUCCCUUGUUCACUAUGACGCUUGCCCCUUGAUGUACAGGACAGCCAGUCUUAACAUUAAUCCUCCAUACAUAGACGUACACGCCGACAAUACUGCUGGCUUUGUUCACGCCACAUUACACACUGCUUUUUGCACAAGCUACUGCAGGGACAUUGGAUGGCUGCCACUCAUAGCACAUGGCAAGCUACCACGCUAACUAGUUGUAACAAAUUGUCCCACUUCCACACGGAAUGAGAGGAGAACUUUUUUUUCACUGCCAUGUCGGACUGCAAGGAUCCAUGGCUGCAAGCUAAGGUGCUGUAGUGUAAAGAUAAAUGAUGGUAAAUGAUCUGAUCCUUGUAACAUUACUGACACGGUGAUCAUAACGCUACAUAUAACUUGUCUUUCAAUAUUCAUGGACGAAUAACAAACCACAGUCAUCAUUUAUUCAUUAAUUAUUCAUUCAUGAAUGUAUGAAUAAUUAAUAAUUUUUUGAUAAACUGUGACAUUGUGGCGAGGGAGGAAUGUAUAUUUCAAGAAUUGUUUUUAUUGGAGAAUUUAGUUAUGUUCCAUUAAAAAAAUAAUGAUCUGUUAAAGCUGUUAAAGCCAAGCUGCUCCUUAACUGUAACCAAAAUGAAGCAAACCGUGACAAAACCGAGGUAACCGAUUAUGCUGUACCAUUACACACCUAGCAAACGGGGUGAAGAAACAACACUUUUUUUAAAAUUUUUUUUGCUUUAAGUCACUGUGAAAAGCACUUUCUGGGUUUGGAUAGAUACUAGCUCCACCCGAAAGUGAAAAGAAAUACUCUCAGGUUCAUUUACAGGAAGAGCUUCUGUCUUUGUCACCUUUUAAUUAGGCUCAUAAGUGUGAUGUCUUGUUUUUUUGUUUGUUUUUGCUUCAUUUUCUCGUUUGGAGAAGUGAAAUUCCGUACCUCUUUUAUCCAUCUCUAGGAAAGCUCCUUUCCGCCAUUGAAAGAAAUAUAUCCCAAUGUUAAGUCAUAAAAAGACCAAAUAAGGAGAUACAAAAGUGCUGAGUGCAACGUGAGGAAGGCGAGCAUUCGUCACAUGCAGCUUGUAUCUCAUAAUUUCGACUUUUCUCUCUUAGAAUUAUGACUUUUUAUUUCAUAAUUUUGACUUUUUUUUUUUUUUUUACAUAUUUUUGCCCUUUUUUCUAACUAUGACUUUUUAUCUCAUAAUUUGACCCUCUUGAGGAUAAGCGGUAGAGAAUUAAUGAAUGAAUUUGUUUUUUUAUCUCAUAGUUAUGACUAUUUCAUAAUUUUGACUUUUUUCAUAAUGUUGACUUUUUUCAUAAUUAUGACUUUUUAAUCUAAUAAUUUUGACUUUUUUCCCUUAGACUUUUUUUUUCAUUAACUUUUUCCUGACUUUUUAUCUCUUAAUUUGGGUUAUCAUCUCAUAAUUAUGACUAUUUCAUACUGUUGACCUUUUUUCAUAAUUAUGACUUUUAUCUCAUAACUUUGACUUUUUUUCUCUUUGACUUUUUAUUUAAGGAUUUUGCCAUUUUUUCCACAAUUUUGCCCUUUUUCCAUAACUGACUUUCCCAUUUUGUAAUUUCAACUUUUUUAUCUUCUAAUUUUAUCUGUUAAUCAUAUUUUCGACUUUUAAUCUAAUAAUCUAGACUUUUUAUGUCAUAAUAUUUUAUUCUUUUUUUCUUAUUAUAUUAUUUUGUAAAUGUGACUCUUUCCUCAUAAUUAUGACUUUUUAUCUUGUCAUUUAAUAUUUAUGUUUUUCUUUCAAUGGCAUUAAUGGGCUUCAUAUGGCUGAAAUAAACAACAUAAAUGGGCCAAAGCUAGCAGCUGGUUUACUUGGCCUAGCCUUGAAAAUGAAUGGGGAGGAGAUAAAAGAUAACUAAUCUCCCUGUACUAAUAAUUUUCAUUUUUCCACUAAACUAAGCUAAAUAGCUGUUGCUUUGCCCGUUUUUCCCAAUAUGCCAGAAGGCAAAUUUGCCAAAGUGUUCACCUAUUCCUGUUCUAGCGUUGAUCUGUGGUGCAAAUGUCACAUGAUGGGUUCUAAAUGUACUAAACCAAGUGCCUGAUAAGUUGCACUUCCAUUCUGAUCAAACUUUAUUUUGUUAGCCAAAGAAUUGUUAAGAAAAUGUAUAAGCGCUGAUUUUCUGUUUUGCUGUAUUACUGGUACUCUGAAGGACACAGGUUUACUUGAAUUUUUAUUUUUUUGUGUGUUAUUCCGGGUUUAUAUGAUGUACAGUAUUUAACAGUUGAGGUGCAAUGGUGGGACACUGGGAUUGAAGUUCUGUAUAUUUUUUUAUAUUUGUGUUUUGAUUUUCUGUCUUCAAUUGAAAACCUCAUGCUAUGAAUCACGCACCGCGGUGUUGCUUUUUGAUCACCUCAAUUAUGUGUCACUUUGCUGGAUUUUCACCUGAAAACCUUGAGUACUGGCUCUGUUUUGUAAGAACAAGUUGAUUAUAUGCAAAUAUAUAGAUUGUGUGUGUGUGGCCUGUGACAAA